AUGGACUUUAGUACCAUCCCCAUCAAAGGCCUCAAGUUCAACACUCCCGUUCCGUACAAACCCCAUGUCAACAAGGCCUUUCUCAACACGACAACACAGAAACUCGCUCUCGCCAGAUAUCCCCAAGAGCAAACAGACUUUGGCGAGAAUAGCUGGGCGCAAGGAGCGAAGGUGUCUCGUGUGAAGCAAUUGGUGGAGUUUUGGCGCGAUGAGUAUGAUUGGGAGGUGGAAGAGAAACGAUUGAAUGACAUCUUUAACCAUUUUCUCGUCAAGGUUGACAUCCCCGGAUACGGCCCCCUCGUCAUCCACUAUACGCACACCAAAUCCACCAAUCCCAACGCCAUCCCUCUGCUCUUCUCACAUGGCUGGCCUGGCUCCUUCAUCGAAGCAAGUCGCAUCGUGGCUCCAUUGACCAAAUCAGACAAUCUAUCGCAUCCAUCAUUCCACCUGAUUGCACCGUCCAUCCCCGGCUUCGGCUUCUCGCCAGCUCCCCUCAAAUCCGGCGUUGGACCGAACAUCGUGGCAACCGCAUACACAAUCCUCAUGACGGACGUUCUUGGAUACCCCAAAUUCGUCACGCAAGGAGGCGAUUUUGGAUCGUUCAUUACUCGAUCGAUGGCGAUUCAGAACCCGUCUAUCGUCCGAGGCCAGCACCUCAACAUGUUCCCCGUUCCUCCGCCAACGCUGUGGUCUGCUCCGCUUGCCUAUCUCCGCUGGUGUCUGUCAGCUCUUACCUACUCCUCCUUCGAGCACGAAGCCCUCCGGGUCAGGACGAACUUUGAAACCGAUCAGAGCGGGUAUCUCGAGGCGCAGAAGACGCGGCCGCAGACGCUGGGGUUCGCGCUGGGCGACUCGCCCGUUGGUCUGCUGGCGUGGUUUGUGGAGAAGUUCCACGAUUGGAGUGACGGGGCGCUUGAUUCUUUGGGCGAUGGGGAUAUUAUCACUUUGGUGAUGAUGCAUUGGAUUCAGGGCGCGACGCCGGCGUUGAGGUUUUAUCGAGAGGCGUUUGGGAGGGGAUGCAGAGAGGCGGAGAAGACGUUUGAGGUGUAUGUUUCUGUGCCGACGGGGGUGAGUAUGUAUGCGAAGGAGCAGCUGCAUUGUCCGCGAGACUGGGCCGCCCAAGUAGCGAAUAUCCAAUACUGGCGAGAAUACGACCAAGGAGGACAUUUCGCGUCGCUGGAACGACCGGAUGCGUUUGUGCAGGAUAUGCGUGACUUUUUUUCGUCUGCUGCUGUGCUUAAGUCAUACUUGAAGUAG